UACUGACUGUGUGGAGACCUGAUCUUAAGGUUUCCACAAACCUUUGGAGGCCUUGGCAAGAACAAAGGUUUGAGCGAGGGCCACUGCCAAGAUUGCUUACUUUGGAAUCAAGCUUAAAUGGGGUUUGAUUUGGUUUAGGCUGUGGGAAUUAGCUUAAAAUGUGCUACAUUAAAGGACUGGGUGUGCUUAUAAACAUGAGCUAAAGCACUUGCUUAGUUUUCAAGUUUGUAUUGAGAGAAACAUGAAAUCAGCUGUGAGGGAACGAGGAGGUGGAAGUAGCUUCCCAGUGGCAGGAUGGUGCGUGCUGUCCUUAGGCUUCCUGGCGAAAAGAUCCCAACCUUUCCAGCAGUUUGCUGCAGGUUCCCCUUCGCCUAGGCUCGGUGCGUGGGAUAAGGACAGAUUCCACAUCCACACAAAAUGGCGUGGACCGCGAGCUCGGUUGCGAUGGAGACCGUGUCCCUGGAGCACCAGAUCCAGAGCGUGCAGCGGCACAUCGCUUUCCUGAAGAAGGAGCAAAUGGAGUUGCUCCACGGCCUGCACCUGGAGAUCCUCCGCUUGCAGAAGCACUGCUCAGAGCUGACCCACGACCUUGAAAUGAAAGAGCUGGAAGCCCGCCAGCAAGACGUGCUGGACCGGGAGCUGGAGGAGAGGUGCCGGGCGAUGGAGGCCCAGCUGCAGGAGAAGGAGAAGGACAACCUGGAGCUGCGCAAGGAGCUGCGCCACAAGGAGACCCUGGUGGCCGCGCUGCGCUCCAGCCUCCGCAACAAGGAGCGCAGGUUCCUGGAGGAGCUGAAGCGGCGGAGCCACCGCGUCACCAUCCUCGACACUGAGCUGCAGAAGCAGACGGAGGCGGCUGCCUACCUCUCCCUGCAGCUGCACGCCACUGCCCAGCGGCUGCCGGGACCCCGGGCCAGCGGGCGACCGCCCACCGAGCAGCCCACGUCCGAGGGCAGGCCCCGGCGCCGCGGCCACCGGGCGCACCCACGGCGCCCACCCGGGGACGGUGCCCGCCCCAGGGUCCCCGCACGUGAGGAGCACGACGCCAUGCCCGACCCGGCCCUCUUCCUCUACACAACACGGCCACCUGCCCCGCAGCACCCACCGGAGCCCUCCGCUGAGGCCCGGGGCACGGCCAGCACCGCUGCGGCCCCCCGGGCGCAGAGGUCCCCCCGGCCACCCCCACAGGAGCCCGCAGCCAGGGCCCGGCCAGCCAAGGGCGAGCCCAGCAAGCGGCCUGGGUCUGGGCCCCACGGAGCCCGGGCCCGGGAGUAGGCAGCCAGGGGUGGGCACGGCCCGAGCGGCCAGGAAGGCGCUGAGCCCGGCGGCACUGAGGUGGGCGCCGGCUGAGGUUGCUGCCCCUGUCCCCCGGGAGGGGAAGGAGGCAGCGGAAGGUGGGUGCCCUGCCCGCACCCCCACCCCACUGAGCAGCCGGCGGUGCUGGGGCACAGAGAGCACGGUGUGCUGAUGCUGCAUGAUUCUUGCCAAGGGGGAACAGCUGAGCAGCUGUCCAGAGCUUCCAGAGGAAGAAAGGAAGAAAAAUAGUGUUUCCAAGACAAGCAGACCCUCCUGUUCCUGCUGCUGCUGUUCCUUGGAGAAGACGCCGGUCGUGUUCCCCAGGCCUGGGGUACCAGGUGCACAGCAGGAAGACCCGUGGCUUGGCACAGAGCUCAGCACAGCCCUGCCUCGGGCACCCCUGGCUGGGCUGGGCUGGGCUGGAGGGGCCCAGACACCACCAGCACAGUCCUUGGUGCCCAGGGGCUGCCAGCGGCCUAGUGACAGUCGGCCCCGUUGGCGCCGGAGGGAUUUUCCCCUCCACAGCUGUGCCAGCCAUGUCCCAAGUCAGUCCCCUCUGCGAGAUUUGUCUGACUGUCACACGGAUUUCCCCCACGUUAUACACACAUGGCAGGCUGGGACAAGGCCGAUGAAGGUGACCCACAAGCUGGAAGGCACCCACUCGCAGCCCCUGGCGCUGCUCCUCACGUGCUGCUGGAGCAGGUUCCUGACUCGCGUCACCCACAAUGGGCAGGCUCUGUCCAUGCACCAGCGUUGUAUUUGUUGCUUGCACCCAUGCCCAGGUGUUGGUUUUUCACCACAGACAAUAACCACGUCAGCAAGGCACCGGUGAAGGUGGGAUCUCAUGCACCACCACCCUGCUGGGGCAGGACCAGCCGCAGGGGCGGCCCCACGAGGAGCACAGGCUGCACAAUCCGCUUCGCCCGUGUCCCUGGGGGUGCCGCAGCUCCCCGAGCUGGGCUCUGGGGAGCAGCUGGAAGAGGCACCAUGGGGCUGCCGCCGUCCCUCCCUCCCAGCACCACGGCUUGUGCCAGUGCCCAGUGUUGGCCCCUUCUGCCUUGCCUGACUUCACACCAAACCAACGGCUUCAGCUGCUCUGAAGCAAAGAUGUACCCUAAAUGUUGGAUAAGAGCAGAAACUGGGACAGGAAGAAGCGGGGCAGGGGGCAGGUCUGGUCUGGGGGCUCCAGGGGACCUAAGGAGCCCCGUGGGUAACGGGGAGCCAGCCGGUUUGGGUGCCAGCCCUCACUUCCCCCAGGCCUUGUGCUGUCGGGACACCAGGGCUGUGUCCUGCAGGGCGAUGCCCGGUGCGGGCAGGAGGAAGCCGUGUGCCGCCGUCAGACCCCAUGCCCUCCGAGUUCAGUUUGAGCCCCCCUGGAAAGCACCGCCAUCCUGCAGCAGCCGGGCUGAACCUGCCCCAAGCUCGCCCGCAGAGCACUCACGCAGUCAGAGGUCUCUAUUUUUGUAGUUCAGUGUUUAUAUAUUAAAAUGCUUUUACGAGAUUCUCAGUAACAGUCCCCAGGCCAGCUCUUUAGAUGGUAAAAACAACCCC